AUGCCCGCGGGAGGAGGCUGUGAUUUCACCUAUGGUGAGCAAAAGGAGGUCACCGGAGGGCCGGCAGAAGGAGAAAAGUCUCGCCAAAAAUCGCGAGAUACCUCCGCAUCCUACCGAAAUCAAUUCAUGAGCAGCAGUCUUUCGAAGAAAGUCAUCACGCCGGGUGGCAUUUCACGAAUGACCAAUUUUUUGGAGCUGAAGGAUCUUUCCGAUUUGAAAGAGCUCUCCGCGCAGGACAACUUGUACUUGAAGCCGAUCGCAAUUUUGAACAUCUCCGUGGCGAUUCCAGCCAUUGUGAACAAACGCAACCAAAAAGCUAUUUCUAACUGGGAAGUCAUGGAACGAUUGAAGGCGAUGGUCUCGCCGCGAGAGUUUACGCAUAUUAAGGUCACAAAGUCGACCCUUGACUUCAUCCGUUUUGAAGGAGAAGUUGCAAAUAAACCCGUCAUGGAUGAUGUAACCUCUCGCCUUGAUGGCAAACACAUGAAGCUUUCAGGGUUUAAUGAGCCUUUCAAGAUUCGUUGUGGCGCUGCAAAAUCGAAUUAUCCAACUAAGGCCGAGUGGAAUAAUUUUUUUCGUGACGCACCUGAGUACGACGAAACAAAGCCAGGUGAACGACCCGAUACAGUCCACAUUUCCAAGCUUCCAUGCAGCUUUUUCAAAGUAGGAGACAAUACUCGCCCGUCAGAAAAUGUCGUUCUCCGCGUUUUCCAAAAGUUUGGAGAAAUCCGCCAACAUGACAUUCCAGUUCUCGAUCCUUAUCGUCCAAAGAUUGAUCCUCGAGUCGAUGCACGGGCUCAUGCGAAUCCCGUCCUCUUCGAUGUUUUUAUUCAAUACAAGUCUUAUGAUGGAUUCAUGAUCUGCAUGGAUGCUCUGCGAGACAUGAAGUUUGCCCACAAAGGCGAAAAGUCAUACUCUGCUCCGAUUGAAGUCAAGUUCGAUACCACGAAGCAUUUGUCAGAGCGAGAGUUGAAAAAGCGAUACCUUUUGCGAAGAAGAAUUCUCAAAGAAGAAGAUGCUAUGGCCGAUGAAAAGAAACGGAGAAUUGAAAAAGAAGAGCGGCGGCUUGAAGAGGAAAAACUCAAAGAAGCUGAGCGACAGAAGAAUAAAGAAGAGAGAAGAAGACGAAGGGAAGAAGCUAGAAGACAAAAACGAUUGGAAAGACAGCGAGAAAAGGAGCAAAAGCGAGUUGAACAACGAGUUCAGCUUGAAGAGCGAAAACUGCUUCUUACCCAGCGACGACUGGAAGCUGUCCGACUGCUCACUUUCCUGUUCGAUAAAAUGAAGACAGAAACUGAAUACAAUGAAAUUCAAGAACUCGAGAGAGAAAUUGAAUCAAGAAGAAAAGCUGAGCAAGCCAAGAAAGAUGCUGAAGAAGCCAAGAAGCAAGCUGCCUUAGAAGAAGCACAGAAGGAGAAAAUGAAAAAUCUCGGAAAACAAGAAGAAAGUUUGAAGGAGAAGCUUUUGCGGAAGAAAAAAGAGAGACUUCAAGAAAAACAGCAAGAAGAAGUCAAAGUUGAGCUAAAUGACUACUCUGAUGAAGAAUAUGAUACCCAGAAACGAUUCAAGGAUAAACAAAUCAAACAUACGGUCACAAUCCAGCGUCCGAUGGGACGUCGUUCAAGAACUCCAGAAGCUCCGGUUGUUCGUCGUGGUGUCACACCUCCUCCUCGUCGUAAACGGGAGAAAUCCCCAAAGAACGAGAGGCGGCGAAGUCCCUCGCCUUAUGAUCCGUAUUACGGCAAAAAAGAAGAGAUUCUGAAGAAGAGGAGAGUUUCCCGAUCACCUUCACCUGUCAGAAACUUUGAGAGGGCUGCAGAUCGCUCCGGGGGACGAUCGCGUUCCAGAUCGCCAGAUCGACGGGGAAGAGAUGAUCGAAAGACCAGCAAGUCUAAGAAGGCUAAGAAAGAUCGAAGAAGGAGGAAAUCAAGUUCCUCGUCAUCCUCAAGUUCAUCAAGCUCCUCUUCCUCAUCAUCUUCUUCUGCAUCUGAUGGAUCUGUCUCUGCUCGGAAGAGCCGCAAGCCGGAUAAGAAAAAAGCGCGACGGGAACCGGAGAAGACGAGCCGGCGUAGUGAUCGAAAACGGUCCCGGGACAAGAAACGCGAUUAUAGUCGGGAACGAACUCCAGAUCGUAAAGAACGAGCUCGGGAUUACGAUCGAGGCAACAACCGACGGGAUGCGGAUAGAAAUCGGGAUAGAGACUACCGCGGUGAGAAAGUCUCUUCUCGACGCCGUUGA